UGACGCUGUUUCCGUAUAGUUUUGCAGUAAAGUACAGCAGCAGAAACAGGCUAGAGUAUCUGUCGGCACAUUGGUUGCACAAGAAAACCUCCUUCCAGUAUUAUUAUUACAUUUCUUCCAGAGAUUGUACACGAUCCCUCAAAAAUAAAAGAAGAUGGCGCAGUGGUGCCAGCUCCAGAUGCUGGACUGCAAGUACCUGGAGCAGGUGGACCAGCUGUAUGACGACUCGUUCCCCAUGGACAUCCGCCAAUACCUGAGCAAGUGGAUCGAGAGCAUCGACUGGGACACGGUUGCCAUGCAGGACUCUCUGGCCACAGUUCGGUUCCACGACCUCCUGGCACAGCUCGACGACCAACACAGCCGCUUCGCCCUGGAGAACAACUUCCUGCUGCAGCACAACAUCCGCAAGAUCAAGAGGAACCUGCAGGAUCGGUUCCAGGAAGAUCCAGUCCACAUGGCCAUGAUCAUCUCCAGAAACCUGAAGGAGGAGCAGAAGAUCCUGGCCACCGCAAAAAGUGCAGAGCAGGAGGGUGAAGGGACGGUGUCGGCCAUGGUGGUGGAGAAACAGAAGCUGGACAACAAAGUGAAGGAGAUGAAAGACAGAGUCCAGGUGGCGGAUCAGAACAUUAAGAACCUAGAAGAUCUGCAGGACGAGUACGACUUCAAAGGCAACACGCUGAAGAACAGAGAGAAUGAAAUGAACGGCAUGACACCAAAGGAGCUGGAGAAAGAGAAGAUGACGGUUGGGAGGAUGGGCUUUGAACUCAGAGCCAAACGACAGGACGUGGUGACCCAGCUGACCGACCUCCUCAACGUCACUCAGGCGUUGCUGUCUGACCUGAUCUCCGAGGAGCUGCCCGAGUGGAAGCAGCGGCAGCAGAUCGCCUGUAUCGGCGGUCCGCCCAACGCCUGCGUGGACCAGCUACAGAACUGGUUCACAGCAGUAGCAGAGAGUCUCCAGCAGGUCCGUCAGCACCUGAAGAAGCUGCAGGAGUUGGAGCAGAAGUUCACCUACGACAGCGACCCCAUCACACAGAAAAAAGCUUUCUUGGAGGCCCGAGCCCUGGACCUCCUCAAGAACCUCCUCUCCAACUCCCUGGUUGUGGAGAGGCAGCCCUGUAUGCCCACCCACCCUCAGAGACCCCUGGUGCUGAAAACAGGCGUCCAGUUCACUGUGAAACUACGGUUCCUGGUGAAGCUGCAGGAGUUUAACUACCAGCUCAAAGUCAAGGCUGUGUUUGAUAAAGAUGUUACAGAGAAGAAAGGGUUUCGGAAGUUCAACAUUUUGGGAACAAACACCAAAGUUAUGAACAUGGAGGAGUCAAACGGCAGCCUUGCAGCGGAGUUCAGACAUUUGCAACUGAAAGAGCAGAAGGUCGCCGGCAACCGAACGAAUGAGGGUCCUCUGAUCGUCACCGAGGAGCUUCACUCGCUCAGCUUCGAGUCUGAGCUGCAGCUCAACCAGUCGGGACUCAACAUCAAACUGGAGGCAAUAUCUCUGCCUGUUGUGGUCAUAUCUAACGUCUGUCAGCUGCCGAGUGGCUGGGCCUCCAUCCUCUGGUACAACAUGCUGACCACCGAGCCGAAGAAUCUGAAGUUCUUCCUCUCCCCUCCGUCUGCGAAGUGGUCUCAGCUGUCCGAGGUUCUCAGCUGGCAGUUCUCCUCCGUCACCAAGCGAGGCCUGAACCAGGAGCAGCUCAACAUGCUGGCUGACAAACUGCUCGGAGCCAAAGCCCAGAGGAACCCGGAGGGACAAAUUCCAUGGACUAAGUUUUGCAAGCAGGGUGCUAAUGAGAAAGCUUUUCCCUUCUGGUUGUGGAUCGAAGGAAUCCUCGAUGUGAUUAAAAGACACCUGCUUUCCCUCUGGAACGACGGCUCCAUCAUGGGCUUCAUCAGUAAGGAGAGGGAGAAAGCUCUGCUGAGUGACAAGUGUCCCGGUACCUUCCUGCUCAGGUUCAGUGAGAGCAGCAGAGAGGGAGCUAUCACCUUCACCUGGAUCGAACACGACGUGCACGACAAACCGGUCUUCCACUCUGUGGAGCCGUACACAAAGAAGGAACUGUCCGCCGUCUCUUUGCCCGACAUCAUCCGCACCUACAAGGUCAUGGCCGCCGAGAACAUCCCCGAGAACCCGCUUCGUUUCCUCUACCCCAACAUCCCCAAAGACAAGGCCUUCGGGAAGUACUACCCCAAACCCACAGAGACUACAGAGCCCAUGGACGUAGAGAACCCAGAGAGGACCGGCUACAUGAAGACGGAGCUCAUAUCUGUCUCAGAAGUACAUCCGUCCAGACUGCAGGACAACAUGAUGCCGAUGUCUCCUGACGACUACAAGGCUUUGUCGCAGUACGUGAGCCCCAGAGAUAUCGAUGCUGUGGCCAACAAUCUGAUUUCUGGAUUUGAAGAGUUUGACGUUCAGAUGAGUUCAGAGUUUUCGGACCAAAACUGACGACGACCAAGUUUCUUUAUCUCAUCCAUUUCUUCACACUUUACUUUCCGUCAGAGCUUUUGGUUGAUCAUUUAUGACGCUCUUAGUGUUGCUGUGGAUCUUAAAACUCUUUUAUUAUUUUAACAUCAUCAUUAUUAUUAUUGUUGUGGGGUCAGGGAACCUUUUAAGUUUGGAUACAGAUCAGUAUAGUAACCAAUCAGCAGAACAUUGGAGAGACUAAAGCCCCAUUUGGAAGAGAUUAACAUCACAGGGUUGGUGGGGAAUCAAAUAUUUACUGGAUAAUAACUGUAAUAAAUGUGAACAUACAGAGCACAUAUUAUUAUUAUUAUUAUUAUUAUUAUUAUUAUUACCCAUCAAAGGAUCACAAUCAUAGGAUAAAGAUGCUGCAGAACUUGCCUGUGAAUCAGCAGGUUUUUAAGUUUUCUUUAGUAUAAAAAUAAUCUAGUGAUAGUUGUGUGAACAUUGAUCGGUACGCAGCAAAUGGGACCUGCCAAUAGCUAGUUCGGCACACUUUUAAUGCUAAAAUCUGAACAUAUUUGACACAUUUCAAGAUCUUUAAUGUGGUUUUGCUCUCCUGAUGGCUUUAUGUUUUGAGUCUGUCGUCAUAUAAAUAGGUCUGUAUGUUGGUGUUGGCAUGUUUCCACAUCAUCAGCAGAAUCAUUUUCCCACAUUUGAAAAAAACAAGCAGCUGUAUUAUUAUAUACAUAUUCAAUCCACACAAAGUAGGUGAUGUUAAAAUCUCCCAACCUCACCAGGUGAAAUAAAUACCGUCCAAAUGGGGCUUAAAUCAAGUUAAGACGUAAUCUGUCGCUUUAUUUCUGUACAUAUGUUUCUUUUUCUUAUGAAAUGUGAACUGCUCCUUAAACUGUAAAACAGUGAAAUUUAAGAAUGUGAUUCUGAAAAGCCGCUUUCUUUGUAUCAGAAAUACUAUGAACACUUGUUUUGUGGAAAAAAUUGUGUGACACAUCAUGUAUGUGUUAAGUUUUCCUGUAGCAACCUGAGCUUUUUAUUUAAGAAACUGUAUCAUGAGCUUUUGUUUUCUAAAGUGUUGUAACAGUGGAACGAGCAAUUAAACUACUUAAUGACUUAA